ACUUAGGGGGCAGGGCAUAGCCAAGCUCCGUUGUGUUGCCAGUUGAGUGAAUGCGUGUGCCUGCCUCCCCCGCGGGCGUCCAGGUACUGAUUCAAGACGGGUGCCAUGGGAGGAUGCGGAUUACCUAGAUCAUGGGAGAUGGACUGGAGCCUUGGGGCGGUCGAAUCGUACGCUACAUGUGCAGUGUAGUACCGGUGCACUGCGUAUCCCGUAGACAAAAGCUUGGGCUUUCGGGGAUGGCUGCGUGGGUUGGCAAGCCUGGUAAUGUUUCAUGCCGUUCUGGUCCUGGACGGCCUAUUGGGUGACGGGACUCGGGGGUCUCUCCAAUACGGAAGCCAUCGCCUUGUCGCCCAUCGGAGCGACUCCAUCAAGCUCCAUUACAUUGCGCUGCACAGCCUUCCUCCAUUCUUCAGUUCUCCCACGGUCCCCAGUUGUGAGGACGUCCGAACCCACAGGCCCCUGGGAUCUGAGUCUGAAUAUGCCGAGGCAUGGGAUUCCAG